ACACGCUGAUGUGCCGUUGUUGUAUUGUUUUUAAUUAUUUUUAUAAUAAUAAUACAGAGUAAGAAAUGAAUACAUUUGAUGAUUUACGAUAGUUCCUUCAGAGAAAAGUACACAUUUAUUAUCUAGAUACAAUAUGGCAAGAGACAGUAGAUAUCGUAGGAGAUCUCGGAGCAGAUCACGAAGCUCUUCUGGUAGUGUAGACAGAAAUCGAACCAGAAGGAGCCGCAGUAGAGAACGCAGACGUCGCAGCAGAGAAAGAAGGUCCAGAACUCCAGAAAGAUUCAGACGUUCUCGGUCCCGUGACAGAAGAAGGUCCAAAAGCCGAUCACGUGACAGAGAUAGAGACAGAAGACGUCGAUCCCGUUCUCGGGACAGAAGAGACAGAAGAUCUCGUUCUCGUGACAGAAGAGAGCGAUCUCGUAGUCGUGAUAGACGAGACAGAAGAGGCGGUUCAAAGGAUCGCUCCUCAAAAAAAGACAAAGAAGAGAGACGGAAAGAAGAGGAGAACAAAAACAAUACAGAUCUCGGGGAAUUGAAAUUUGAUUUGCUUGAUAAGGAAGCCCAGAAUAAACAACUAGAGCUUGAAAUGCAAAAACGCCGUGAAAGAAUUGAGAAAUGGAGAGCAGAAAGGAAGAAAAAAGAAAUUGCUGAAGGAGUGACUAGCACAGCUACUAUAGUUGUGCCAUCUGUAAAGAAAUGGACUUUGGAAGAUGAUGAUGAUGAAGAUUUACCACCUGCAGUUGAGCCAGAAAAAACAGAAAUAGAAGAGAAACCAGAAAAGAAAGAAAUUAAAGAGGAAGAAAAAGAAAAGAUGGAAGUUGAGAAUGAGGAUGUUGAUCCUUUAGAUGCUUAUAUGCAAGGUAUUCAGGAAGAAGUUAAACAAUUGCAUCACAAUAAUGUCAAGAAAGGAGAUAAUGAGGAAAAAGGAGGAGCUAAAGUUACAAUGAUUGUUGGCAUGGCUAAAAAGAAAAAUACAAAAUCUAAGGGAGAGCUCAUGGAGCAAGACCAAGAUGCUUUAGAGUAUUCAUCUGAAGAAGAGACAGAUGAUCUACAAUCAGCUAUGUCUAACCUUCAAGCCAACAAAGCAAAGAAACUGCUCACUGUAACUAAAGAAGAUGUUACAUACCAGCCAUUCCGUAAAAAUUUUUAUGUUGAAGUACCUGAACUUGCAAGAAUGACUUCAGAAGAAGUUGAAGCUAUGAGAAAUGACUUGGAAGGCAUCAAAGUCAAAGGUAAAGGGUGCCCCAAGCCAAUUAGAAAUUGGGCUCAGUGUGGAGUUAGUAAAAAAGUUUUAGACAUUCUGAAGAAGCAUAACUAUGAAAAGCCAACACCUAUUCAAGCUCAAGCUAUUCCAUGCAUCAUGUCUGGAAAAGAUUUAAUUGGAAUUGCCAAAACUGGUUCUGGCAAAACACUGGCUUUUUUAUUACCUAUGUUUCGACAUAUUUUGGACCAACCAGCUCUGGAAGCAGAUGAUGGCCCAAUAGCUAUUAUAAUGACACCUACAAGAGAACUGGCCAUGCAGAUCACAAAAGAGUGCAAGAAAUUUACUAAAGCUCUUUCUUUAAGAGUUGUUUGUGUGUAUGGUGGUACUGGCAUAUCAGAACAGAUAGCUGAAUUGAAACGUGGGGCUGAAGUAAUUGUUUGUACUCCAGGUCGAAUGAUUGACAUGUUAGCUGCAAACAGUGGUCGAGUGACAAAUCUCAGAAGGGUGACAUAUCUUGUUCUUGAUGAAGCAGAUAGAAUGUUUGAUAUGGGUUUUGAACCUCAAGUGAUGCGAAUUGUUGAUGGCACUAGACCAGAUCGACAGACUGUUCUGUUUUCUGCCACAUUCCCUCGACAAAUGGAAGCCUUAGCUCGCCGUAUAUUAACUAAACCAAUUGAAGUUCAAGUUGGUGGUCGAAGUGUUGUCUGUAAAGAUGUUGAACAGCAUGUUGUAGUCAUUGAAGAAGAUGGAAAGUUCCUAAAACUUUUAGAACUUCUAGGAUACUAUCAAGACCAAGGCAGUGCUCUUGUAUUUGUUGACAAGCAAGAAAAUGCAGAUUUGUUGUUAAAAGACUUAAUUAAAGCAUCUUAUAAUUGUAUGGCUCUGCAUGGAGGUAUUGAUCAGUUUGAUCGAGAUUCAACCAUUUGUGAUUUCAAAGCCGGUAAAGUUAGUGUAUUGAUAGCAACAUCUGUUGCUGCUCGAGGGUUGGAUGUAAAGCAUCUCAUACUAGUUGUAAAUUAUGAUUGCCCAAAUCAUAUUGAAGAUUAUGUGCACAGAUGUGGGAGAACUGGCCGUGCUGGAAAUAAAGGUUAUGCAUAUACGUUUGUAACUCAAGAACAAGGACGAUAUGCUGGGGAUAUCAUCAAAGCACUAGAGCAAGGUGGUAAUACUGUGCCUGAAGAGCUCCAGAAGUUAUGGGAUGAAUAUAAAUUAAAGCAAGAAAUGGAAGGCAAAAAAGUGAAAAGUAGCAGUGGCUUUUCUGGUAAAGGUUUCAAAUUUGAUGAAGCUGAAGCCCAACUUGCUAAUGAAAAAAAGAAAUUCCAGAAAGCUGCUCUUGGACUUCAAGAUUCAGAUGAUGAGGAUGCCGAAGCAGACAUUGAUAAAGAAAUUGAAACUCUUCUGGCACCCAAGAAACGAGUCCAAGAAAUCGUCUUGCCUACUGGAACUGCUGCAUUAAGUGGUACAAUAGCCAGUGCUGAGAAGUUGGAACUGGCUAAAAAACUUGCAUCCCGUAUCAGCUUACAAAGGAAUAUUGGUGCUGAAGCCCAGCAGACUGCAGAAGCUGUACUGAAAGGACAUCUUGGUACACCUGUAAUAUCGGCCAAAACACUAGCUGAACAGAGAGCAGAAAAGCUCCAUGCUAAACUGAACUAUCAACCAAAAGCAGAUGAAGAAAGCAAAGAUGAAGAACAGGCUGUGGAAACAUUUCGCAAAUAUGAAGAAGAACUGGAAAUUAAUGAUUUCCCUCAACAAGCCAGGUGGAAAGUUACAUCAAAAGAAGCUCUUGCUCAAAUCAGUGAAUAUUCAGAAGCAGGCAUUACUGUACGAGGAACUUAUUAUCCUCCUGGCAAGGAACCAAAAGAAGGUGACCGCAAACUCUAUCUAGCAAUUGAAAGUACUAAUGAAUUAGCUGUCUCUAAAGCCAGAGCAGAAUUUAUUAGGCUCAUCAAAGAGGAACUUGUCAAACUGCAACAUUCAUACCAACCUAUCAACAGAGGACGAUACAAGGUUCUGUGAGUCAUUUCUCAUCUCUCUUGUACAGAUCACCGAAAUAAAUUGUUUUUAUAAAAUAUAAA